AAGGUGGAGAUCACGCACUGCGGGCAGAUGAAGAGGAAGUACCGCGUGUGCAACGUGACCCGGCGGCCCGCCAGCCACCAGACGUUCCCGCUGCAGCAAGAGAGCGGGCAGACGGUGGAGUGCACGGUGGCCCAGUACUUCAAGGACAGGCACAAGCUGGUCCUGCGCUACCCCCACCUCCCGUGUCUGCAAGUGGGCCAGGAGCAGAAGCACACCUACCUUCCCCUGGAGAACAAAGCAAUCGCCACCCCUGUGCAGGGCGUCUGGGACAUGAGGAACAAGCAGUUCCACACGGGCAUCGAGAUCAAGGUGUGGGCCAUCGCCUGCUUCGCCCCCCAGCGCCAGUGCACCGAGGUCCACCUCAAGUCCUUCACGGAGCAGCUGCGCAAGAUAUCGCGGGACGCGGGCAUGCCCAUCCAGGGGCAGCCCUGCUUCUGCAAGUAUGCCCAGGGCGCCGACAGCGUGGAGCCCAUGUUCCGGCACCUGAAGAACACCUACACCGGCCUGCAGCUGGUGGUGGUCAUCCUGCCCGGCAAGACCCCAGUGUACGCCGAGGUCAAGCGCGUGGGCGACACCGUGCUGGGGAUGGCCACGCAGUGCGUGCAGAUGAAGAACGUGCAGCGGACGACGCCCCAGACCCUGUCCAACCUCUGCCUGAAGAUCAACGUCAAGCUGGGCGGCGUCAACAACAUCCUGCUGCCCCAGGGCAGGCCUCCGGUGUUCCAGCAGCCCGUCAUCUUCCUGGGGGCCGACGUCACGCACCCGCCCGCGGGGGACGGGAAGAAGCCCUCCAUCGCCGCUGUCGUGGGCAGCAUGGACGCCCACCCCAACCGCUACUGUGCCACGGUGCGGGUGCAGCAGCACCGGCAGGAGAUCAUCCAGGACCUGGCGGCCAUGGUGCGGGAGCUGCUCAUCCAGUUCUACAAGUCCACGCGCUUCAAGCCCACCCGCAUCAUCUUCUACCGCGACGGCGUGUCCGAGGGGCAGUUCCAGCAGGUGCUGCACCACGAGCUGCUGGCCAUCCGCGAGGCCUGCAUCAAGCUGGAGAAGGACUACCAGCCGGGCAUCACGUUCAUCGUGGUCCAGAAGCGGCACCACACGCGCCUCUUCUGCACCGACAAGAAUGAGCGGGGGACCAGCAGGCCUUCCCACUACCACGUGCUCUGGGAUGACAAUCGCUUCUCCUCCGACGAGCUGCAGAUCCUCACGUACCAGCUGUGCCACACCUACGUGCGCUGCACACGCUCGGUGUCCAUCCCGGCGCCAGCAUACUACGCCCACCUGGUGGCCUUCCGGGCCAGGUACCACCUGGUUGACAAGGAGCACGACAGCGCCGAAGGAAGCCAUACCUCCGGGCAGAGCAACGGGCGCGACCAGCAGGCGCUGGCGAAGGCGGUGCAAGUGCACCAGGACACGCUGCCUGAGGACACGGGGCUGCGGGGCCGCUGCCCGGGCGCCUCUGGGCCGCGGGUGGGGGCGGACGCCCCUGCCGGGACACCUCGGCUCCGCGUGGCCACCCCGCUGUCGCCGGCUCUCUUCUGUGCCCGACCUCGCAUCUGCUGGGGUGCUGGAAGGACAGAAAAUAGACUUCGGGUGGCCGAGUGA